CUUCACACAUGUGACAUUUCACAUCCGCUAAGUUAAUGUCCAAUCCGAAGUGAGCGAAGCCAAAUAACCCGCGCAACCAGGGCCACGCUCGCAAUGUCUCCACUGUCCAACCUUUAUCUCUGCACUUACAAUUCUCUCCACGCCAUCGGCUGGGCAAUUGCUCUCUCUAGAAUUUUGAGCAGCUUUGUAACCACCAAGUCCGUGAAUGGAGCUUACGCUUCUGCUGGUGAACUAAUCUGUUUGCUGCAAACAGCUGCAUUCUUGGAAGUUGUACAUGGGGCCAUUGGUCUUGUGCCAAGUGGAGUUGUCAAUCCUCUAAUGCAAUGGGGAGGAAGGACUCAUUUUCUGUUGGCUGUUGUUCGUCAAAUCGAUGAGGUGCAAGAGUUGCCAUCAAUUUUCAUAACUUUUGUUGCUUGGAGUCUAAGUGAGGUAAUUAGGUAUUCACAUUACGCUUUGAGCUGCAUGGGAAGUUGUCCAUAUUGGAUUAAUUACCUCAGGUACACUGCAUUCAUUGUGCUGUAUCCUAUAGGAAUGGCCCUUGGUGAAAUGUGGCUUAUGUACCAAGCACUACCCUUCAUAAAGAAGAAGCAUCUCCAUGAACAUCUAUUUAAUGGGCUUCCAUUCAGCUAUUAUAAUUCGCUCAUGGUUCUUCUUCUGUGCUACCCUUUUCUGUGGUUAAAGCUUUACCUGCAUAUGUUUAAGCAACGGCGGUCAAAACUGGGAAAACACCAUGAGAAGAAGAAAUUGUGAAGUUUGGACCUCUUUCAGAUACAGAUGCUUGUUAAUUGUCACUUACUGGUGCUACUGGAAUUUUGAGUCCUUGGCUAUAGGCUUCUUCGAUAUUCUUCCAAUUAUUUUCUUGAUACACUUAUGCAGUUCCAUGAUCCAUCAAUGUGACCAAAGUUAGAUGCUCACUACCCUUACUUCUACCAUGUUGCAAUUGUUUACAUGAUGAUAUAUGGAGUGAAAUUAUGUGUAAACUUUAGAAAUUUUAUAUUUUUAGGAAGAUAUGUAUUCUAGAGUCAUAUGCUGCCAUGUUAGACUGUGUUUCAUUGUAAUGGAGUGUAGAACAGCAACUUGUUACUGUUAUUACUGUUAACGUUACUGUUGCACAAGCUGGAGUCAGAGCAGAACCAUAGUCUAGUAGCUGGAUUAUUCUAGAAAUAAAAAAAUUUAUUACUAUUAA